UUCGCCGCAAGUAUGUCUUCGUUAUUGGUCGUCUGGAUUUGGGGUACCAUCUACACUAGUGCAGUCUCUACUAGUGCCCGCAAUACUGCGUGUGAUAAACACAUCAAAGCUGUUCUGUGGGAAAAGACUGAUCCGCCAAUUGUCGUCACGCAACGCAUGAAUUCAACUGUUCCAGGCCAACUUGAAGUAAAGUUUGAAAAUAUACAAGAAGAUCUUAGAGUCUCGCUAUUAGCCCAUCCGCUUAUUGACAAGGAAGCGGAUUGUCCGGCAGAUAUAAGUCACCCUAAUAUUGUAAAAUACUACUUAGUGAAGGAUCUUUCAUACAAGUAUGAAAGCCGAAAUCAAUAUCAUUCGUAUGAUAAAAUAUUCACCGGCUGUUAUUACAUCCAACUGACAAACAAAGAAGGUAAAAAUUGGAUGAAAGGCCCCUCCUUUUACCAGACGGCGAUUCCUUACAAUGACACAAGCAUGAUGUGCAGCAAUAGCGGAUUCACCCCCGAGGAUUCAGAAUCGACCGUAACACAUUUUGUCAAGCUAAGAGUACCAUUAAAAUGUUACACAGUAUCAGCUGGUCUGUGGAAGUUCACUGAACCCGUAACUGACAGUACCAAAAAUAAGAUUGAAAUUAAUAAACUAGACCCAACCCAAACGUGCACCUUUACCAUAGAGAGUCGACGUAAGCUCAUAUGUAAGGAAAAAAACGAAAACAUUCAACUUAAAAUUCGAUCCAUCGAAUCUGACCCUCACAAUGAAACAUGGACAGCAGAUAUUGAAUGGAAUAAUUUGGAGCGAGGGGGUGCUUGGUAUUAUUCUACAUAUAAACUGUAUGUGGGAAAUUGUAACCAAAAGUACGGCAACCAUGACUUAACGACGUGGCACCAUGUAUACACCCUUGGUGUAAUCUCUCACGGUUUUCAGAAUCCGCGUAGCACUCCUCCUGAGGAUCACCAGGAUUCCUCGGGUGCUGUCCUUCGGAUUAUUGGUUACAUAGCACUGGGUGUCAUUACGAUAUUGGUACUACCAUACUUCAUAUGGAAAUGGGGUGUCAUUAAAUGUGCAAAGAAAUCGACGAGUCAUAUGUCAUCUCAGGUGCGAGGAGUAACGAUAAAACUAAACGAUGUAAAAGAAUCGAGAGAAAUUCUAUUACUGUAUGCGAAGUGUUCACCGGAUUUCAUGGAUAAAAUGAAAACUUUUCGGGAUGAGAUACAGCGGAAGUGUCAGUGUCACGUUCACGACUUGCAGUCGGAAGAAGAUGCUGAUACGAUCGCGACUAUGGGCCCCAUCGGAUGGACUGAGCAGAUGCUAAGGGAAGGCAGUAAAGUAAUUUGGGUCGAUACCCCGCAACUCCGUUCUCUCUUGAAAAAGUCGAAAUCUAACGAAGAGAAAGAAGAGUAUGCGCGUGACUAUCGCAAUCCUGCAUUCAUAUUCGCUCUAGAUCAUAUUAUAACCGUAUCUCAAAAUGUAAUCGCCCAAUAUCAACGCUACUUCGUUGUCCGGUGCCAGGAAUUCAAAGUUGAUAAUGACAAUGAUGACGAUCCAUUACUAUCGGUCUCGCCGCAAGCUCGUUACCCUAUUCCCGAGCGUUUCGAAGACCUAUGCAAGGAUAUCUGUGAUUCGAUGCCUCCUGGAGUGAAGCGAAUGUACAAUAUUGUAUCGUAGACAAGUGCUGUAACGGGCAU